GUGGUGUUGUUGAUCCCUGUCACACAUAUCGGGGCCUUUUUCAUUGCUGGCAUUGUAUUCAUUGCACAACACAUUAAGCAAAUGUCAUCCAAAAUUCCAAGAGGUGUCCAGUUACCUGUAGAAAUGAAGAAAACCGGUAAAUUUGAAUCCAAAGACGCAGCAACUGUAUCUGCAACAGAAAAUGCCGCCAAGAAGUCAGAUGGUGUCCUCAAACCUCAAAAGGAAAACAUACCAAAGAAAACUGUUGCUCCCAAAGGAUACAAAGGGGUCUCCACCAGGUAUGGGCAACAGGCAGAGCUUAAGGGGCAGAAUCAGCAUCUGACGGCUACCAAUGAGGAGCUGCAGAAAAACCUCACAGAGACACAGCAAAGAGUUGCCGAGUUGGCGCUGCAGUUCAGUGAACUAGAAAAGGAGAAUGCAGAGGUUCAUAAAAACCUGAAGGACUGUCACAUUCUCCUAGUCGCAGCCAAUAUAGACCCAGUUUUAGGAGAAAGGGUUGGAGAAGCUGCACAACAAAAUGAAGAUAAAAGAAAAGAGGUUAUGAGUCUGUCCACAGACCUGCUGAAUGAAUUAAAAGUGUUUGGAGACACUGCAUCACAGCAACGUGCCCGGUUAGAGGAAAUCCAAACAACGAUGACAGAUCUCACAAAAGCACGGGAACAUAUGAUGCAGGAAAGGGAGAACUUCUCCCUGGAGGCGGCUGAAAUUGAAAAAACUCUCAAGGAAGCAGAAGCUCUCUUGCUGUAAAAGUCAUAAUAAUUUCCAAACUUGAAAUUAGUUUUAAAAACAAUUGCGUAUUAAUGUAUAAAGUUUGUUUUGAUGUUUGUGUGACUGAAACUAAAUAAAAGAGUCUUUAUUCCUGUGCACCUCAUCUCAUUUUCAUAUUCCAAACAGUCAAAACAUGCUUUAGGAAACCUUAUUUUUACUUU